AUAUAGUGCCACUCGUCAAACAAACACAAUACAUGCCAUAUUCUAGCAUACAUUACAUCAUUCACUUUAGUUUUGUACACAAAAAUCUGGUUGAUUUGAUCAAAGACUUAAAAAACCCAGAAAACAUAUCUAGGAUAAUGGCGUAUGAACAAGAACGACGAGGAGAAAUGGGAGCAAUAAAGUAUGGUGAUUUGUUUGAGAUGUCGGGGGAAUUGGCGGAGCAGCCUAUUUCUCCGAGGGAUGCGGCGGCGAUGCGGUCGGCCGAGACUCGGGCAUUUGGGAAGACUAUCAAAGGUGGUCCUGCUUCUCUUAUGCUUGAAGCUGCUGCUAAGAAUGUUAAAGCUGGUGUUGUUGUGCCUGAUGAUACUCUUUCUUCUGAUCAAAACCUGGUGGAGGACAACCCAUGGCAUGAUUCUCAGCUGUCACAUGAGCAAAUGGGAUCGGCUAUGUCAGUGGAGGGAAUGGGAUCGGGUGCUGCAGGGGUAACAAUUGGAGAAGCACUGGAGGCAGCUGCUGAGGCUGUAGGGGACAAACCUGUAGAUCGCUGUGAUGCUGCUGCAAUACAAGCUGCAGAGAUGAUCGCCACUGGAUAUAAUGCUGGUUUUGGUUCUGGCUUAGGCGCUGAAGCUCAGGCUGCUGCCACUAAUAAUGCACAAAUGAUGUAUGAUGAGGAGAAAACCAAGCUCUCUCAAGUCCUCGAGGAAGCGACAAAUAUGCUCACAGAUGACAAGGUAGCAACAGAGUUGGAUGCUGAACGCAUAAAAGCAGCUGAGCUGCGAGGUCAUUCUGGAGGGGCUAGUGCAGAAGAUUCACUCCAUCUGCGCGGUGUAAAACAGACCACUACUCCUGGUGGAGUGGCAGAGGCUGUGGAGACUGCGGCUAGGAUUAACCAACCUGAGAAAUGAAUGUGACUUACUACUUACUGGCUAAAUAUACAUAUCUGAAUGCUGUAUUUUUCUUUCCAACUUUUUUGAGCUUUGUUUUCCACACGUGUUGUGAAUGUGGUGUGCUGUGGGAUCUCAUCUUAAACAGGGCAUGAUUUUGUGUGACGUUUUUUUUUUUUUUAAUCAUGUGUCCCACUUAUCACUAUCAAUUAAGAUGUUAUCUUGUAAUUCUGUAUGCCCCAUAUAUUCUUCUGAUCUUAUGAUUUAAGCGAUGCAUAAAAAAUGGUGUUUUAUAUGAAA